AUGAUUAGCCUCCGGAGAAUAUGUCUGCUUGCGCUACCCUUACUUGCGUUCGCGCAGGAGAACCCGCAAGACGACCGGAGCGAGUUACAAAAGCUGCUUGAUGGUGUACCGAAAGAAGCAAUAGACGCCGCGCUCCGCGAACACCUUGCGCCCAAGUAUCAAGACGGUGUCUUCGAGGAUGCACCCCGUGGUAUUGAGGCGCUGCACCACGAUGACCCCGAGCUUGCGACGCAGCUGGUACAUGUUGCGGUGCACGAGGCCGCGGUCAGGAACCAUUUGCAGCGCAAGCGGCAAGUCAGCAAUGUCACUGCUGUCAUCACCAGUCCAGUCGUGAUUACGGACUCCAGCACUACGGCCCUUAGCUUCACGACCGAGACAUCGACGGGCCAGACGACCUUGGGUGUUGCGGGCGCAAGUACUACGCAAUCGCAGUCAACGGCACAAGGUAGGCUUACGCCAUUAAAGGGCUGCAUUCACAGCACUGAACACUCUUCGUCUUGCUGGCAACUAUCUGGUAUACGAGGAGGCAGCACCACGAACGGUGAAACUACUAUUGCCAUCACCACGACGAAUGCAGCCGGUAGCACCGUGGUGUCAUCCCAAGUUGCUGCAGUGGUGGCCGCAAGCACUCCUUCGCCCGUGACGACGACUAAUGCCGCUGGAAGUACCAUUGUGAGCACACCCGCCGCGAUCACUGCUGCAACAGUCAGUGCUCAGGCCUCUGGCAGCACGCUAAGCGGUGUGCUUGUCCCGGUCGUUGUAUCAUCGACAAAUUCUGCUGGGAGCGUUGUUGUACAGACUACGUCUGCUUUUGAGACAUCCGCUCCGACAAGCGUCACUCAGGCCAUCACGACCACCAACUCUCAGGGCAGCACCUUCACCACCUCCACCGUUGUCCCGGCUGCUGUUAUCACGGAAACGAACUCGAACGGCCAGACCAUCACGACCACUUCGCCAUUGGCAAGUGUCGAAGUCGCUCCGGGUGGAAGCAUCGUAACCUCCGCGCCAGCUGUGGGAGCAUCCUCAAACGCGGAUAGCUCAUCGUCGCUCUCCGCUAUCACCACCACUGAUCAGUUUGGUCAAUCCGUCGUGCUAUCUGGGUCGCACCAAGGUCAGGUCAUCACCACAACAGACGCUGGUGGGCGCACAGUCGUCCUCACGUACACGCCCGGCGGCGGUCAAGUAAGCCAGCUUGUGCUCCGAACGACGCAGUUACCAAACGGCCAGCUGUCGACCAUCACUUCCUACGCAGUGGUCGGCGGUGCUGCAACGAUAACAUCAACCCCAUCGAACGCCGCAGCAAGACAGACGAGCAGCUCAUCACACGGCUUGCAGUCAGGUAUCGCUGCGCCGACGGGUCGCUACGUUGGUGAGGUGGCGGCGAUGGUUGGUGGCGCGAUCGGCAUGGCCGCUGUGCUCUUAUAAUGACUGUGGCCAAAUUUGAAAGAUCUAAGAGGGGAGGAGGGCGUGUACAUAUGUUGUAUGUCUGGGACGAUAAUGACCCUCGUUCAUCAUACUGAAUUGCAUAGCGGACACGGCGUUGAAUGUGGCAAUCUGGUGACAUACCGACCGCUUUAGCGUGGCUAUAAUGAUACCACUCGAGAGCACUUGCAGCUGCGGGAAAUUACGAGGUUCGACCAGAGCUUUCUAUUUCCCUAUUGCGUUGGCCACGUGCAGUCUCGUCCACUUAGGCAUAGACGACCCGGGCCAUCACCGGUCGCUGGGGUUGGUCUCGGUGAACAACACGCUUA